CCUCUGACCACGAUGACGACGGGGCGUCUAUACCAAGACCACUGCUUCCAUAACGGCCUUCUCCUUCGAUAAUGAGCAAGCAACGAAGAGACCCUGUCCGCUGACAUGAAGCACUUGGCGGUAGACAAUGUCGUUACCUUCUAGAGAGGUUCUUGCUUCCAAUGUAUUAUCCGGCGAGUAACCAGGAUCAAAGCGAUUUACCCGGAAUGCAAGUCCUAGGGACAUCGCGUAUCUCUGUGACGAACAAGAUUCUUCAUUACAUCCCACUCGUGAUGACGGCCUCGAACAUCGACUUCCUUGUCACCAACGGGUACGUCACCCAAGCAGAUGCUGCCGGUCUGCAGAGAAAACUGUCCUCUCUCCAAUCAACGACGGACUCGACACCGGCGCCUGUUCGCUCGACCCCCUUUAGGUUGCCCUCCCUGCCCCCACCAGCACCAGCACCAGCACCAGCGGCACCAGCGGUCGUGCAAGCCAAAGCUUUGUGGGCAUACAACCUCGACGCCUCUGACCACGACGACCUCUCAUUCGCAGCUGGGGACAUCAUUACCAUCGUCGAAGAGACCAACGCCGACUGGUGGCUCGGGGAGUAUGGCGGCCGUAGGGCUCUCUUCCCAUCUAACUACGUCGAGAAGAUCGCACCAGCACCUACGCCUGCGCCUGCUCCCCGGACCCUACCUCCUGCGUUCACCCCACCGACCGGUGUUCGCUCCGUACCUCCAGCUCCCACAGAGAAGAAAGAGUACAAGCCGUUCAUGGCUGCUCAUUCAAGCGCCAACGCCCCCCCACCUCCCGGGGCAGGUACGAACUCCGUUGGCCUUCAGCAGGACGCGGGUCAGGAUGGGAAGAAGAGCAAGUUUGGCAAGUACGGUAAUACGAUGGCCCACUCUGCAGCUGGAGGUGUAGGAUUCGGUGCUGGUGCUGCUAUCGGUGGUGGCCUGGUUAGAGCAAUAUUCUAAUUGCAUCGUAUUAUUUAUUUAUUGACUCUAUACUAUAUUUGCAUUGAACGAGGACUUUCUUUUUUGCUCCAUCAGAUUUGUGUGCGUGUACUUCAGACUAUCCUCGAACAUAAA